UGCUUUAGGGAGGGAAGUUUUCUUUUACUCUCUCUAUCUCUCUCUCUUUAAAACAGCUUUGACUGACGCAAAAGUCCCCAAGCCCCCUCAAAAUCUCCGUAAAUGCUGAUGGGUGUGCCUCACUCACCUCCUCUUCCACAGAUGUUUCUGGCUUCGAGAAGAGCUGAAAAUGAAGGACAGGUUAGAGGAGCUCAGGAACAGAGUGAACGAAGACGGGGACUCUCUGGAACUAGAUGACACUCUCUCCUUCGAUAACCCUAUUUUCCAAGAGGAAGAGGGCAAUCCCAUGAACAAGGUUUUCCAGGAGAUAACCAGUCUCUCCUUGGUGCUGAAUAAGCUGGAAGAAUUAUCUGAGAACAUUGACAAGAAGCAGCAGCAGGUGCUUUGCUGCACUACCGAGGAAAGUAUUUGCAGGGAGAAAAAAGAGCUGAGUGCAAUCAAAGACUCUUUCACCCAGGAGGCCAAAACCCUGCAGCCGAGGCUCAACAGCAUCCAAGAGGCUCUCGCCAGGGACAGCAAGCAGUGGCUGGCCAUUAGCCGCAUACGCCACAUCCAGCUCUCGGCACUUGUUGGCCGCUAUCGUGACAUCAUUGCCCACCACUACGCCAAGGAGACACAAUAUGUGGAGAGGCUGAAGGAGCAGAUCAGGAGGCAAACAGAACUGGCUGGUCUGGAUCUCCAGGAAGAGGACAUCAAGCGGAUGGCGGAGAGUUCUGAGGUGCCACGCAUCGUUGGCCAAGACUUGGAAGUGCUCAGAGCCAAGCAGCACCUGGCCUUGGUGCAGGUGCGCCACCAGCAGCUGCUGGACUUGGAAGUGCAGAUUGGCGAGCUGCACGCUCUCUUCCUGCACCUGGAGAUCCUGGUUGCGGAGCAGCAGGAGACCAUUAACAGCAUUGAGUACAAUGUCCUGCAUACCCUUGAUUACAUCUCUCAGUCAAACGAGGAGGUCAAGAAAGCCCUCAAAUAUGAGCGGCAGUCACGGUUAUCCGCUGCGUUGUCUGCUGUGCUGGGCCUCUGCGCUUGCUGCACAUGCCUAUCGUGUAUGGCAACUCCGAGUGUGAUGCGCUGAAUAAAGAAGUGUGGGCACACAGACAUUUUUUCCUAGACUUAAAGGCUACCACUGGUGACUAAUGAUAGCACUCUGGAACAUUGGAUGUGCAUGUCAUUGCAGGUCAGUCCUGGAUAGUUGCUUGGGGUGGAUGGAAGCAUUUGCAAAGACAACUAAAACAUCUUCACACCCCUUUGCUUAUGGAUUUCGCCAAGUUUUUUUGUUCUGUUCUUAAGAGCAUGAAAAGAGGCCUGCUGUGGAUGCUGUUCUGGCCAGCAUCCUGUCUCCAGCACCACACAGCUGAAUGCUUCAGGGAAGCAGACAGGCAGGACGUGAAGCUGAUGCAACAACAAUGAAAAGGUGUUCAUUUCUUCAACUAUGUCUGUAGGAAUAUAGAAACCUGUCUUCUGCCGAGUUUGACCAUGGGUCCAUCUAGCUUCAUAAUGUCUAUGCUGACUGGCAGGGGCUCUCCGGGAUUUCAGGCAGGGUUCUCUCCCAGUUCUAUCUGGAGAUGCUGGGGAUUGAACUUGGAACCUUCUGCAUGCAAAGCAGGUGUUCUAAGCCGACCACUAAGCCGCAGUCCAUUCCCAAACAGCUCUACUGCCUCCCAGUUCAGAGGAGUUAAAACCCAGAAAGGCAGUAGAGGUCAAACCAGCCCAGAGGCCAAAUCUUCUUUAUGAACAACACUCGAAUCAUAAUCCCAAAUGCAUCUGAAAGGAAGAGAAGAAUACAACUGAGCUGCUUUGAAUUAAAAGACAACAACAGCAUUCAGCAGGUGGCCCUAGCCUUUCCACAAACCAUUAAAGACUAGAGAUAAGGAAGAAAUUUGGUUCAGAUUACACUUAAAUAUGAACCCACCUAAUCUCACUUCUCAAAACAAUAUGUGAGCAAAGUCGUCCUAUGAAAUUCAUACUGAUUUUUUUCAAGGCAGUAAAGUGUACAUGUAAGUGCAUACAUUGAUGAAAAUAAAAUGUAUCAUAUUAGGGGAAACUCUUUGCAAUAAUGGGUAUAUUAGGAAAAAAUGCAUUAUAAAUGUAUAUAUUAGGAGAAAUUCACACUAAACUGCAGAUGAAAUUUCACGAGGACUUAAAAAUAAUAAUAAUAAUCACAAAAUGAAAAUUGAAUACUUACCUGGCAGGGGAGACACCUUGAUCAUGAAGGAGGUUUUCCCAGGUUGAGGCCCAUCCCAUACCUGCCAAGUCCGGGUCGUAAAUAUCCGGG